GUUGUGUGUAGUGCUCUAAUGAAUGAUGUACUGCUGCAGCCCUGGUCGCGGUCCAUACACGUGUAGAGUCCGUUAGACGAUAGAUGGCUCUUUAGGGGAGCGCGAGCAAAAGCGUUGCUAUUACGAUUGACAUUUUGUUUCUGGCAAAAGGUUUUGUGAGCAGUUUUUGUCGUCGACGGUUUGAGCAGCUCUGAUAGAAGAAUAUUUUGUGGCUAAUAUAUCUCACCAGAGGAUAAUGAUGAAGUACAUCCUGGUAACUGGAGGAGUCAUCUCGGGCAUCGGUAAAGGCAUCAUAGCGAGCAGCGUGGGCACGAUCCUGAAGUCAUGCGGCCUGCACGUCACUGCCAUAAAGAUCGACCCUUACAUCAACAUAGACGCAGGCACAUUCUCACCCUAUGAACAUGGGGAAGUGUUCGUGCUGGACGAUGGCGGUGAGGUGGACUUGGAUCUGGGGAACUACGAACGCUUCCUCGACAUCCGGCUGACCAAAGACAACAAUCUGACCACCGGCAAGAUCUAUCAGUCGGUCAUCAACAAAGAGAGGAGGGGAGACUACCUGGGCAAGACUGUGCAGGUGGUGCCACACAUCACAGAUGCCAUCCAGGAGUGGGUUGUGAAACAGGCCAGAGUGCCAGUCGAAGACGACAAUGUAGAACCUCAAGUUUGUGUCAUUGAGCUGGGAGGCACGGUCGGAGACAUAGAGAGCAUGCCCUUCAUCGAGGCCUUCAGGCAGUUCCAGUUUAAAGUGAAGCGGGAAAACUUCUGCAACAUCCACGUCAGCCUGAUUCCACAGCCCAGUGCGACCGGAGAGCAGAAGACUAAACCAACACAGAACAGCGUCAGAGAGCUGAGAGGACUCGGCCUGUCCCCCGAUCUGAUCAUGUGUCGCUGCUCCACGCCGCUGGAGAACUCCGUCAAAGAAAAGAUCUCCAUGUUCUGCCACGUAGAACCUGAACAGGUCAUCUGCGUGCACGACGUGUCGUCCAUCUACAAAGUCCCGUUACUGCUGGAGAAUCAGGGCGUGGUCGGCUACCUGACCCGCAGACUCGACAUGCCCAUCGAGACUCGACCCCGGAAGAUGCUGACGAAAUGGAAGGAGAUGUCUGACAGGUCCGACAGGCUGCUGGAGCACUGCUGCAUCGCGCUGGUCGGGAAGUACACCAAGUUCUCCGACUCCUACGCUUCUGUCAUCAAGGCGCUGGAGCACUCGGCUCUCGCCAUCAGCCAUAAACUGGAGGUUAAGUGCAUCGACUCAGCCAAUCUGGAGCCGAGCACGCUGCAGGAGGAGCCGGUGAAAUACCACGAGGCCUGGCAGAAGCUGUGCAGUGCUGACGGCAUCCUGGUUCCAGGAGGUUUCGGCGUGCGAGGGACCGAAGGAAAGAUUCAUGCCAUCAACUGGGCCAGGAAACAGAAAAAACCCUUUCUAGGUGUGUGUCUUGGGAUGCAGCUGGCUGUCAUUGAAUUUGCCAGGAACACGCUCGGCUGGACAGACGCCAACUCCACAGAAUUUGACCCAGAGUCGAAGCACCCUGUGGUGAUCGACAUGCCCGAACACAACCCCGGGCAGAUGGGCGGCACGAUGAGGCUCGGGAAGAGACGGACCAUUUUCACGACCAACAGCAGCGUCUUGCGGAAACUUUAUGGAGACGCAGAAUAUGUGGAAGAAAGACACAGACAUCGCUUUGAAGUGAAUCCGGAGCUCAAAAGUCACUUUGAGGAGAAAGGGUUCCGCUUCGUAGGUCAAGACGUCGACGGGGAGAGGAUGGAGGUCAUCGAGCUGGAAGAUCAUCCAUACUUCGUGGGCGUGCAGUAUCACCCCGAGUUCACCUCUCGCCCCAUCAAGCCUUCGCCCCCGUACCUCGGGCUGCUGCUGGCUGCGGCCGGGAAGCUGCCGGGAUACUUACAGAAGGGCUGCCGGCUGUCUCCACGGGACACGUACAGCGACCGGAGCGGCAGCAGCAGCCCAGACUCUGAGAUCUGAGUUAAAACUACCGUCGAUCUCAAGUGAAUGAAUUCAAAUAAAGAUGUUUUCUCAUGUUCAUUGCCGAUGAGUCAUUAUCAAAUACAGACACAACUAAAGCUGCAGGAGCUUAAAUGCAAUAAGUGGACGCUGGUGCCCAACUGCUAAAUUUGAAGUUUAUUUCACGAGUCCUGUGAAUAUUACGGGCUGUUCUCCUAGUUGCAUGUUCUGACUAGCCUGGAGAUUUGCUAUCCAAGUGACAUGCAGCAGCUCUACAUUCAUUGUUCACUUUGUGGCCUUACUGUAAAUAAGCCCUUCUACAUUUACAGUGUCUUUAAAUUUCCACAAGAAUAUAAAAUAAAGGGAUUCUCAAAAAA